UAAGGCUAUGGCUUUGGCUAUGGUGCAUAAUUUGCAGAGAAAAAAGAACUGAAGAUGGCGCAAACGCUGGCAAUGCCCGUGGCAUCCUCACUCGCUAUAAUCUCCAAUUCUCGCUUCUCCAAUGCUGUCUCCAUUAACAUUCUGAGUCCUCCAAAGGUUCAAGGAUUGACCAUCAAGUGCGCUCGUGUUGGCGGUGUGGAGAUUCCGAACAACAAGCGAAUCGAGUACUCGCUGCAGUACAUUCAUGGAGUUGGAAGGAGCAGAGCGCGACAGAUCCUGUGUGAUAUAAGCAUGGAUAACAAAAUGACAAAGGAGCUCACUGAGGAGGAACUCAUCACUCUCAGGGACGAAGUCUCCAAAUACAUGAUUGAAGGAGACUUGAGACGAUUCAACGCGAUUAAUAUAAAGAGACUGAAGGACAUUCAGUGCUACAGAGGAAUAAGGCAUAUUCAGGGGCUUCCGUGCAGAGGCCAGCGAACCAAGAACAAUUGCAGGACCUUGAAGGGUAAGAAGGUUGCCAUUGCCGGUAAAAAGAAAAAGUAAACACUUUUUGUUUUCUGUGUUGUUGUGUUUUUACUGUUAAUCUUGUAAGAAAAAAAAAAUAAUGUUCACUGCAAUUCGAUUGUUUUGUUUAAGUCACGUGUAAUUUAUUGGAUUUGGAAGUUCAACUAGUGUUUCUUGGCAAUAUAUCCCACGAAUCACUCUGCA